AUGCCUGCCAAGAAAACAGACAGUUCCGACACUCCUUCUGUCAAUGGUUUGCGCGACAAUGAACUUCGCUUCAUCAAGGCAGUCUUCGACAACAUGACUCAAAAGCCCGAUGCCAACUGGGCCCAGGUCGCAACUGACUUGGGCCUCAAAGACGCCAAAUGUGCCAAGGAGCGCUUUCGACAGAUGUCUGUCCGUCAUGGCUGGCGUUCCAACACUCAAGCCACUCCCGGCAGCAGCCCCGGCGGCAAGACCAAGAAGAACGAUGUCACUGGUCCCUCUGGAGAUGGCAAGGUUACGAAGAAGCCGAAGGCGAGAACGCCAAAGAAGGCGGUGGCUAAGAAGGAAGAGAGCGAGGACGAAGAUAUCAAGGAUGAGGACGAUGAUUUUAAGGAGGAGGAAGUGGAAGACGGUCCCUUCUUCUGA